AUGGACCCCAUCACACAUAAGUACCCACCGGUGAGCAGUGAGAGGGAGCGGAGCCGCUACGCCGCAGUGUUCCAGGACCAGUACGGAGAGUUCGUGGAGCUCCAGCGGGAGGUGGAGUGUGCACAGGCAAAGCUCAGACAGCUGGAGGCCCUGCUGAGCUCCCUGCCCCCACCCCAAAGCCAGAAGGAGGCCCAAGUUGCAGCCCGGGUUUGGAGGGAGUUUGAGAAGAAGCGAACGGAUCCUGGCUUCCUGGACAAGCAGGCUCGCUGCCACUACCUGAAGGGUAAACUGAGGCAUCUCAAGACUCAGAUCCAGAAAUUCAAUGACCAAGGAGACAGCGAGGGCUCUGUCUUCCCCUACCAGGGGUAGCUUUCUCCAGGAUUGCAAAUGCCUCUUCAUUUUGGACUCGGCGCUGACAGCUCCUCCUCCAGGAAGGCCUUCCAGGUCUUCCUCCUCUGGGUCCUCUAGCUCUGACCCUAUAGGGACUCCAGAUCUCAACCUGUUCCCUGGAAGUAGGGCCUGCUCUCCAUCCCAGUGAAAUAAACAUGUAUUAGACACCUA